CCGUCACUAUCACACAACCUUAUCAAUCAUGCCUUCAGACAACGGUGCUUCGACCGUGAGAAUCAUGGCUUCGAUAGUUGGAGUCAUUGUCGCAGCGAUCGCUGUCAUCGUAUCCAUCAAAGCCGCCAUCGCAUCAUCCCGCAAAAAAGCAAAAGCUGCCGCUUCAUCGAAAAGCGGCGUUGUUGCCAAGGCCAAGGGCAAGGAGGCAUCCAAAGCAGAUAUCAAGAAGUGGUACAAAGCGGCCCUGGACAAGAUCGUCGCCGCUCGUCUCGAGAAAGAAUCAAGCGUCGAGUCCGGCGAACCGGUUUUCUUGUCGCAUUAUAUCAGCCAGGGCCAAUUCCGUCACUGGGUUUUGCAUGCUCAUGAUUACAAGUACGAAUUACGCCAGACAGAAGUCGGCGAUUCGAACACCCCUGGAGUCUAUGAGGCGACGAUUGGUCCCUCUGGGUUUAACCUUAAGGCGUACAAGGAGUCGGUCAUUACGAGAUAUUCCCCCGAAGUUGGUCAUUACUUCUAUAGCAUGAUAGGUUGGACGACACUCUCCAAAGAACGGAUUGACGAGGAGUGUCAUCGAAUCUCGAUGAAGUUUGGGAAAUAUUCUCUCUUAUCGAAUAACUGCCACGACUUCCUUCAGCAACUGGCCGACAAAGUCGUGACCAAGAAAGCACCAGACUGGGCUUGGUUUCGGCAGAGCUCUUUGGGCGGUUACAGUUACCUUGAGCGACCAGCGCUGGGUUAUCAGGUCAUAGGUGUUGCAACGUGGACUAGACAUUUGAAGCGAAUGAAACAUUAUCUCAGCGCAGCCGAACAACAGAGUAUCGAUGAUUUCAUCGCGCUUCUUGAGGAAUUUGUUGAAGCCCACUUGAAUAAGACAUCAGCAAUGUUAGCGACACAGUCUGCAAUGCAUGGACAGACUGACAAUAGCGGGGGGGAUUAUCCUGACGGCAGUGGAGGUCAUGAACAUCAUGAUAGUAGUGAAGGCCAUGGACAUCAUGACAGCGGACACCACGGACAUCAUGACACCAGCGGAGGCCACGGAAAUUUUCACUUCGGAGGUCACGGACAUGGAGGCCACGGACACCAUGAUGGUGGAGGCGGCGGACACGGAGGCGGACACGCCUGUUAGUUGAAGCGGUCUCAACAGCCAGAGGUUCUACAAUAAUAGAUUCUAGGGUCAUCGAAACCCAUUAGGAAGACCUUAAUCAAGUUUAUACGACAAUUGCCGACUGGCUAUAGGGUGGUUCUACUAGAGAGCAUCAUGUCUGCGCUGUCGAAGAUCUAUAUACCUUUUGCGGCAUCUAUGUUAGCUCAAGAGUUCUUAUGGAGGAAACGAUGGCAGUAAUAGAAGUCAAUGGGAUUCAGCCGGUUAUGGAUAAAAGAGUAUUUACACUGCCGAAGCUGAGAGAGGCCCUGGAAUAUCUGGCAAGUACGGCUAGCUCACACUACUACGUGAGAAGAAGAACCUAACAAAUAUUGAAGGAGGCUCAGAAAUAUGUAGGUAAAGUAAGUGUUAGAAUCGUAUAGCAUUUAGUAAGUAUACAAUACUGUUUAAUAAAGGAA